AUGCUCGGGGAGGGGUUCGCGUGCGGUCAUCCCUCCGUGGUGAAAAUCGUCGGGGAGGAGACCGCCGUCGGCUGUACGAGCUGGGCCCGUAACCUCGACCUUGAAAAGGGGGCGUCCUGGAGCGACGCCGGUAUUCAGGAGAUCGGCUCCGCGGACGGCCGUACGAUCGAUGAGAUGGAACCCAGGUGUCGGCACGUGGACGUGAGCGAUUGCGUGGUGGAGAGCGUCGACGACUGUCAUACCCUCGCGAAGGCGAUCGACCAGGCCGCUCAGAGGGACGAUAGCUUUCCCCCCCGCGACGGUCGUCAUAUCUAUGGAUGA